CACGCUGUCAUCACAGAGAGGUGUAGGACAAGUCGCCACACUUUCCUCUUCUUCGUUUGUCGACUCAUCUCCACAAGUGCGUGAAAGAUGAUGAGGCCUAAAGAUCUACGCCAGGGCUCUGGCACCAAAACCUUCCUGGAUGCAAUGCACAGCGGUAAAGUCCACCUCGCACGUUUCAUCCUGGACGCCUUGGAUGGCCGCAUAAUUAACUCUAAGACUGAGAACAGUCGCACGCCACUCAUGUACGCUGUGUGUCUGCAAGACCCCGGGACCAGAACCAAGUUCACACGGCUGCUGCUGGAGAAAGGGGCAAAUGUUAACUGUCAGGAUGAGGACGGCCGCACAGCUCUGAGCCACGCCUGCGAGAUGGGCCACUUGGACGUUAUCAAACUUCUGGUGCAGUUCAAUGCCGACCCGGACAUCUCUGAUGCCUGGGGAAACAGUGCCCUCAUGUACGCCGCCUUUUCUGGGCACAGCCAGGUCCUGGAGUUCCUGGUGAGAGCUUUCAAAAGACUGGGACUGAGGCUAGACCGGACCAACAGUGCUGGUCACUCAGCUAAAGAGAUUGCCAACUUUUUUGGGCACAACCAGUGCGUCCAGAUUUUAAAUUUUCCUUGCAGAAAGAGUGCUUGCAAAGACGAUCCACUUGUUGAUGUGGUGACGGCUGUUGAAGUAGAACGUCGGCUGCCCAGUAGGCUCCCCAGGCAUGUUCUUGAGAAGUUUUCCAAGCAAUCAGCGGAUGAAGAGCAACUGCCAGAUGUGUUUCAGAGACAGACAAAAAUAGGAGAAAGCGGCGGACCAUGGAACCGUUUCAGGUGUCCCAAAAGUCAGUCUCAAGAGGACAAUCAUCAAAACAGCUGGGCUCUGCCUCCUCAGAUGGAGAAAAGCCAGGCUGAGGAGGAUCACAGCAUUCUCUUCACAGCCAGACAGCUGCAAAACUGCCAGCUUAGAGAGCUGAAGGCGUCAAAAAUGAACUCUGUUGGUGAGCCGAGCCAGAAAGAUGUCAGCCGAGACAUUCGGUUUCCAGAGCAAAAACAGGAGAGUUUUCCGCUCUGGGGAAAGGCAAAGUCAUUUAACCUGGACCUUCUGAGCAGCAGAAAGCAGUCCUAUCAGGGUGAUGUGCAUGACAUGAGGCUGUCAGCCAGCAAAUUAAAGAGAGCCUCACUACAGGAUGACCGAUGUUUAAUAGACAAGACCGACUGUCAAGGGAAACCCGGGGCCCUGACAAAUGAUGGCAGCCAAAUCACUUCAUUUCCAAAACCUCUUUUAAAAGGCAAGACUCAGUCUGGGAAAGCACUCCAGGAGAAAGUCAAGUCACAAACCGAGGAAGCUAGCGACAUGGCCCCGUUCAGCCGAAGAGGGCAACAGAAGAGGGGAAGCCUCGGCUCAGUUUCCAGACACAACAAACUCCUUUUCCCAAGAGAGGAAAUGGAGACGGAGAAGAUCCCGGGCCGCGCCCCGGGGUUCGUGGGCCUGGGGACCAGACUGCUGCGUCGCUUCACCGCUCCAGAGUUUAUGAGGAUGGUGAUCGACUGUUCGUCUGGCUCCUCGAACGGAAGAGGUCGGAUGUCCCGCUCCGAAACCUACCCUCUGUCGCACACACACCAGCAGGUCAACAGCCAGCCAAGCGUUGACAGCAUCAGUGCUGUGAAGUGUGAGUUUGAAAGCUACUCUUCUCAGUCUACCCUCGAUUAGAUAAAGGACAAUUUCUAACAAACGGAAAAGCCUGGUUGUGCUGUUUUUUUUAUUGCACUUUAAAUCUGAUAGUAUCAAUUCUUUGAUAGCUUAUGUUUCUUCUUAAGAAAAAUAUGUACUUUUUUGUUGUCAGUUGUUUUUGCAAGAUUUCUAUUGGAGUAUAAAGAUGUUUAAUGCUGAUUACUUCUUUCCAACACAUUUUAUGCUACAAUAUAUUAAAAGUGAAUUAUUUAUUUAUAGAUUUUAUGCUGUGAUUUUGUUCUUUUUGGAUUCAUAUCACAUGGACCUAAAUGCAUUAAAAAAAUAGCUUUUGUGUUUUCAAAAAAAUUUAUUUUGCUUUAGAAGAUUUUGUGACUGUGAAAACAUGCUGACUGCCUAAUAAAACUGUAAACUCUUGUACUUUUGUUCCAUUCACUUGUAUUUUUCUUCUCGUAUACAAAAGAGUAAAUCGAGUUGCAUUUAUGGUUCAGUACGCAUCAUUUAUUGAUUUAUACAAAAUUAAAAUGCAUUGCUCUCUUUGCCACACAGGAGUAGAAAUACAUGAAACUAGUGUAUCCGUGUGGGAUUACAAAGACUAUGUGCAAAGUGUUUUCUGGGCAGGAGGGUGUCCUGCAGCACUACAUGCCAGGCCUGUGUGCUUUGUCUAGGCAAACAAAUGCAAAAACAGUCCCUCAUAUUCACACACACGUGCGCACACCCCUGCCGACACACCCCCACACACGCACACACACAUCUUGUGUUUGUUUUUCCGUCACAUCUGUCACAGUACAAAGAGGGUUGUAUCAACAAUGACGUUGCGUAACACACACCUGCUCCUUCACCCAUACACACACUACACUCACAUUUUAUGAAAUAAAAGUAAGAUUCAAACUUAUCAGUGGUAAGGACCCUAAUAUUCAGGAUUUCUAUUUACAUUGUUAUUGUGUCUGAGUAUGUUUUGAGUCCAUAUUUAUUAAUUAUGUAACCACAUUUGCAAUUUCACAUCAUACAAACAACAAACAACACCUUUUUUUUUUUUUUUUUUU